UUAUGUGUAGGAUUUAUUAAGAAUUUAGAAUCUACACCGUUGUAAAAUCUUGGAGAAGAUCGAGUGUCGAGUCGAGUUUGUGAGUGAUGAAGCGAUACUUCCAACCAAUUGGGAAGGAUGGCUCCUCCAAGAAACCCUCUCUCUCAAAAGAAGACGGCGAUGAGAACACAGACCAGGUUUCAGAGGAGGAGAAGAAGAAGGAGCCAUUAAAGUUCUUGACAUGGAAUGCCAACAGUUUUCUUAUUCGAGUCAAGAACAACUGGCCCGAAUUCACCAAGUUUGUUUCUGAUCUUGAUCCUGAUGUCAUUGCUGUACAGGAAGUAAGGAUGCCAGCAGCUGGCUCCAAGGGUGCUCCUAAAAACCAUGGAGAGUUAAAAGAUGAUACAAGCUCAUCACGUGAGGAAAAGAAGAUAUUAAUGCGUGCCCUUUCCACUCCUCCAUUUGGAAAUUAUCGUGUUUGGUGGUCUCUUGCAGAUUCCAAAUAUGCAGGGACCGCAUUGUUUGUUAAGAAGUGUUUUCAACCAAAAAAGGUCUCUUUCUCUCUUGAUCAAAAAGCUUCAAAGCAUGAGCCUGAAGGUCGGGUUAUUUUGGCUGAAUUCGAGUCUUUCCGCCUAUUGAAUACAUAUGUGCCAAAUAACGGUUGGAAAGAUGAGGAAACAUCAUUUCAGAGGAGAAGAAAAUGGGAUAAGAGGAUGCUUGAAUUUGUUGUGCAAUCUUCUGAUAAGCCUCUUAUUUGGUGUGGCGAUCUGAAUGUUAGUCACGAAGAGAUUGAUGUGAGCCAUCCAGAAUUCUUCAGUGCAGCAAAGCACAAUGGAUAUGUUCCUCCAAAUAAAGAGGAUUGUGGGCAGCCUGGAUUUACCUUGGCUGAGAGGAGGCGUUUUGGUGGCAUAUUGAAAGAGGGGAAGCUAGUAGAUGCAUACAGACUCCUACACAAGGAAAAAGACAUGGAAGGUGGCUUCUCAUGGUCUGGAAACCCUAUUGGAAAGUAUAGAGGGAAGAGGAUGAGAAUAGACUAUUUCAUAGUUCCAGAGGCACUCAAAGAUAGGAUUGUUGCAUGUGAGAUCCAUGGACAGGGGAUUGAAUUAGAAGGUUUCUACGGAAGUGACCAUUGCCCGGUUUCCCUGGAGCUUUCCGAGACAAGCUCCAGUUCCAACCAAAGCUAAGUUUUGCUCUGAUUAACAUUUGAGGGUCAUGUACUGGAUUCCCUACAACAUUAUACUAGUAAUCUUUGAUCAACAUUUUGCAUUAUGCAUAAUUAAAUGGAAUCAGUUUAGGCAAUUUUCAAACACCAUUUUAUACAUUUUGCAAUGACAAGAUCAUCUCAUGAACAUCUA